CCCACCGACCUGCUCUCCAGCCCCCUCGGCUCCAGUGGCAUGGAUUGUAACCGCAAACGGAAAGGCAGCUCUACCGACUACCAUUCACAGGUCGAAUUUGGGGAGCACAGUGGCUGAAGGUCAGAUGCCCACUAGGAGAUGCUAUGAUUAAUAUGUAAGUGACCCCAGAUGAUUGAGCAAGCCAACGCCCAGGGGAUGGAGAGUGGGUGUGAGGCCCGAGAGGGUUCUUCUGGAGCAGUCCUUCCCCAACAGGGAGGCCAGGAGAUGGUUUCCAAGGACCACUUGCCUUGGGUGGUUGGAGUCACUGGUGUCUUCUAAGUCCUCUGCUAUCUAAACCUGUGGUUUCCGACCUUGUCCCCACCCAAGACCUCCAGGUUUCCCUCCUGGAGGGAAACCCCAUUUACACAUCUUCUAUGAUUCAUGGAGACGCUAUAAUUAAGCACCCCUCAUCCCUUUCCCUGACUUUUCAAUGCGCUAAUUGUGUCCAGUAGGUCAGGCGGAGCUCUCUUCACCUGAGUUGAUCAUCCUGGCCUCAGGGAUCAGCUACAAGCCAAGACAAAAGGGGAGGGAGAGUUUCGGUUUUCCCCUGUGGCCUGAAUCCCGUCUUCUGCACUCUAGGACUAGCUAGAGAAACUCUGUGCCAGUGAGGCAAUCAAGGGCUCCUGGGUGGGAAUCCCUGUUCUAGAACGCCCACGCUGCGAUUUGGUGCUCCUGAGAAAAGUUGUUUUUGCUGUUGAGACUACAUUGUUUGAAGGGCCAGAUCCCUCUGUUCUUACAGGAUGGAAGAGAGAGGCCCAGGUGCCAGGCAGUUCCCUCCUGGUAUAAGCUUAAGCACUGGAGAAGGGUGUGAGGUGACCCCAGGGUGAUUUGGAACUCCUUCCUUGGAGGAUUUUAAUCUGUUUUCCACUAAACCAUGAGGUGCCCUGAAACCUGGAUCACUGGAGACUAUAAAAGGGAGAUAGAUCCCUGCUGUGACCCGAGGACCCCCAGGGGCCAAACAGGGCUCCAUGGCCCUGAGCCCUACUUGUUUCCUCUCUCCCUGGUCCUUGGGCCUCGGGGGUUCCCACCUGGCAGAGACCCAGAACAUUGUGUAUCUGUGUCUUUGAAAAGCUGCCUCAGGGCUCUGCUCAAUGCUUCUUUGUGGGUUCUCUGGUCUCCCCUCCUCACUUCACCCGCCCCCACCACCAAAUAUAUAUGUAUGCACACGUAUAUUUGAGGCUUGGUAUGUUUUGCAAAUGAAUAAACUCCAUUUAUCCAGAAUGAUGAGGGAAAUAAGAUACUAUAGUUAGUUAUUAAGAAUUUCCAUAAAUGCUCUGUAUUCCCGGUUUCUAAAAUAGGGACUAAAAUAUGUUAACAGCAAGCUCUGUUGAUGACCACACGUAACUUUUGUUUGAUCAUCUGGGAAACCAGUCCUAGAUGCAUAGUAGGGCAAGCUGUGUGUGUUCGACUAGUCUGCGUCGAUAAUCAAUACUAUGGAAAUCUGAACUUUCUGCUUAUUUGGUUUCUGGAUAAAUGCAAUCCUUCCAUGUUGUAAGAAGCGGCUUUGUAUGUCUUUCUUAACAAAUACUCACGUUCUCUCUUGUUUUUUCAGAGAGAGCAUGGACACAGACAAAGAUGACCCUCACGGAAGGUUAGAAUAUACAGAGCACCAAGGAAGGAUCAAAAAUGCAAGGGAAGCCCACAGUCAGAUCGAAAAGCGGCGUCGGGAUAAAAUGAACAGUUUCAUUGACGAGCUGGCUUCUUUGGUGCCCACAUGCAAUGCCAUGUCCAGGAAAUUAGAUAAACUUACUGUGCUAAGGAUGGCCGUUCAGCACAUGAAAACAUUACGAGGUGCCACCAACCCAUAUACAGAAGCAAACUACAAACCAACUUUUCUGUCAGAUGAUGAAUUGAAACACCUCAUUCUCAGGGCAGCAGAUGGAUUUUUGUUUGUCGUAGGAUGUGACCGAGGGAAGAUCCUCUUCGUCUCCGAGUCUGUCUUCAAGAUCCUCAACUACAGCCAGAAUGAUCUUAUCGGUCAGAGUUUGUUUGACUACCUGCACCCUAAAGAUAUCGCCAAAGUGAAGGAGCAGCUCUCGUCCUCAGACACGGCGCCCCGGGAGCGGCUCAUAGAUGCAAAAACUGGACUUCCAGUUAAAACAGAUAUAACCCCUGGGCCAUCUCGAUUAUGUUCUGGAGCACGACGUUCUUUCUUCUGUAGGAUGAAGUGUAACAAGCCUUCAGUAAAGGUGGAAGACAAGGAUUUCCCCUCAACCUGCUCCAAGAAAAAAGCAGAUCGAAAGAGCUUCUGCACCAUCCACAGCACAGGGUACCUGAAGAGCUGGCCGCCCACAAAGAUGGGGCUGGACGAGGACGGCGAACCCGACAACGAGGGCUGUAACCUCAGCUGCCUGGUCGCCAUCGGACGCCUGCAUUCGCACGUGGUCCCGCAGCCAGCGAACGGGGAGAUCAGAGUGAAGUCCAUGGAGUACGUGUCCCGGCACGCCAUAGACGGGAAGUUUGUUUUUGUAGACCAGAGGGCAACAGCUAUUUUGGCAUAUUUACCACAAGAACUUCUAGGCACAUCAUGUUACGAAUAUUUCCACCAAGAUGACAUAGGACACCUCGCAGAAUGUCAUAGGCAAGUUUUACAGACGAGAGAAAAGAUUACGACGAAUUGCUAUAAGUUUAAAAUCAAAGAUGGUUCUUUCAUCACACUGCGGAGUCGAUGGUUCAGUUUCAUGAACCCUUGGACCAAGGAAGUAGAAUACAUUGUCUCAACCAACACUGUUGUUUUAGCCAACGUCCUGGAAGGCGGGGACCCAACCUUCCCGCAGCUCCCAGCGUCCCCCCACAGCAUGGACAGCAUGCUGCCCUCUGGAGAAGGUGGCCCAAAGAGGACCCACCCCACUGUUCCAGGGAUUCCAGGGGGAACCAGAGCUGGGGCGGGCAAAAUAGGUCGAAUGAUUGCUGAAGAAAUCAUGGAGAUCCACAGAAUAAGAGGGUCAUCACCUUCCAGUUGUGGCUCCAGCCCAUUAAAUAUCACAAGUACACCUCCGCCUGAUGCCUCUUCUCCAGGAGGCAAGAAGAUUUUAAAUGGAGGGACCCCAGACAUUCCUUCCAGUGGCCUACUACCAGGGCAGGCUCAGGAAAACCCGGGCUAUCCAUAUUCUGAUAGUUCCUCUAUUCUUGGUGAGAACCCUCACAUAGGCAUAGACAUGAUAGAAAACGACCAAGGCUCAAGUAGUCCCAGUAAUGAUGAAGCAGCAAUGGCUGUCAUAAUGAGUCUCUUGGAAGCAGAUGCUGGGCUGGGUGGUCCUGUUGACUUUAGUGACUUGCCGUGGCCACUGUAAACACUACAUGUUGCUUUGGCAACAGCUACAGUAUCAAAGUGCAUUACUGGUGGAGUUUUACAGUCUGUGAAGCUUACUGGAUAAAAAGAGAACAGCUUUUAUGUACUGUCCUCAUAAAAGCCAUCUCAGAGCCAUUGAUACAAGUCAAUCUUACUAGUGUAACUUCAGACAAAGUGGAACUAAGCCUGCUCCAGUGUUUCCUCAUCAUUGAUUAUUGGGCUAGCUGUGGAUAGCUUGCAUUAAUUGUA